AUGUCUUCCACCGACAUCACCGGCAGCAUUGCUGUCACCGGAAGUCCCGGCAAGGUUCCAAUCCUCCGGGAGAGACUCCAAUCGAUUUCUCAGGAAUACAAGAGCCGAAUUGGCUACUCUACCCACGAUGUUAGCUCCAAAUGCACGACAGUCGACAACUUUUUCGACACGAUUGCUGUCGAACGACUUCGCCGCAUGCCUCGGGAUGGCGGCCGUUUGGAUGCCGUUCUUCGACGGGCUUCGCGAUUCGCUUUCGCAGUGAGCUCGCUGUACGAUGCUGUUAUUGGCAUUAUGUCUGCGGCAAGCGAGGCAGCCUCCCUUAUUUGGGGGACAGUCUUGAUCCUGCUAGAGAUGGGCAUCGACCAGCCGGGUAGCCUUGAAGGUAUCUUUGGCCAAUUCGGUCGAGUAACUCUGGGUAUCUCCUUUUUAUUGCAGGGAGAACACUACUUCAGGGCUCCUGAUGUUGCUCAUGAAGUGGCUGAGAUUUACGCGGACCUGGUUGAACUGGUCAGUCACGUCACCAUGGAAUACAACGACGCGUCCAAAGCCCAGGACGGGGAGACAAUGAACGAAAACAUCAACCACGCGUUCUUUGUGUACUUCAACCGAUUCAACAUGCACUGGCGACGGAUCACCAAGGCCAUCAUGACCAGCCAAUACGAUACGACCAUUGACAUUCCCGCAAUUUACCAAUUUCUUGACUUGCAGGAUCGUCCCCUGCAGAUGAUUCUCGAAGGCCAUAGCCACUCCCUGGCUGAUGGUUCUUUCUCAUGGUUUGAUUCAGAUUUGGCGGCGUUCUCCAUGAGCGACUACGACGUGCUCGCCGUGACGGGCAACCCCGGGUCUGGUAAAAGCGCACUGGCCCAGUGGACAGCCGAGCGGCUUCAAGUCUCUGCGGAAUAUGAUGUUUGGAAUGUCAUUUCAUUUCCGAUCCGUGCCGACGUACCGAUUACGGAGCUGUCUUUGACCGUCCUAAAAGGCCUGGUACACCAGAUGCUUGAUAGAUCAAUCAAUGACCCCAAUGCCCAGAAGGCCAUCGUAGAAGCUACCACCAGAGCGGUUGUCACUGCAUCUGCUGCCGCGCCAGACCCCCAAGUGGAGGACGUUCUCUGGACAGCCAUCGAGGCGGCUUUGAAGUCGAAUAUCCACUUCAUGAUCGUCAUUGAUGGUCUAGAACAGAUGAGGAACAGCGAUGCGAGCGCAACACGCUUUCUCAGCCGCCUGGAGAAUGCCAUUUCAAGUCCAGGUACUCCGUCCAAGUUGAUCGUUUUCAGUCGGACUGUCCCGUCCGGUGUCGAGCUUUCGAAUGCCCAACACUUAACCAUAGACGCCUCCAAGACAGAAGAUGACCUGAAAGGUGCGGUGUACGACAUGAUGUCUCUUGACUCUCAGUUCCACGGCCUUGAUGCCGCCAACACGGCGACUAUUGCCAAGGCCAUUGUGUCUAAUGCUCAGGGCUCGUUUGUUUGGGCGCAGCUGGCAUUACAACAUGUUGGACAGCACAAGACAACCAGCGAAAUGCUUUCUGCUGCUCGGAAGGCACCCAAGUCUGUGGACGACCUGGUUGAUAGCCAUCUCAAUGCCAUAGACCUCGAUCAGCACGAGGCCAGGCUCAUCAUUGCCUGGCUUGCGGCAUCGGAGCGGCCAUUGCAAAUCAAGGAAAUUAACCAGUUGCUUACUAUCGACACUAAGGGGCCCAGCUUCGUGUCUCGCGUUACUGGUCCCGGAAGUGAGACAUUCCGGCCAGUGAGCCCGCUCAUCACGACGCACGAUGGAUUUGCGGCGUUCCGGCAUCACAUUGUCCGCGACCGCGUUCGCCAAUUGGCUGAUUCGAUGGAGGGCGAUUACUCCAACCAGGGCAGAUUCCCCUUCAACAUGCAGGAGGCACACUAUGAAAUCCUGGUCCGUUCGUUGGCCUGGGUCAAGUUUUGUCUGAAGGAAGAGGUCGACGUCGCCUUCGAUAAGAUGGCUGUGGACCAGCGAGAUGCGUUCCUUGAGACCCACGCGCUUCUGGAGUACACUUCGCGCUACUGGUACUCGCACCUCCUAUCGUCUCCGUUGGUCAGCACGGAUGGAACAUUCAACUUUGUUGCACCUUUCAAGCGGGCCCUGCCGGAGUCAGUUUUGUUCGUGCUUCUGGAACUGACAAGCUACGAGUCGCAAUUCAGCCGUUCCAGUAUCCUGGAACUGUAUCGGGUCUCCGUCGAUGUGCGCAAAAACGUUCUGGGCCGGAAAUCAAAGGCUCUCCUGCAAAGUUUGAUUUUCAGUGGCCGUGCCUUGCACAAGGCAGAUGCCGGCGUUGUGAACGAUCAUCUGUAUGAAGCAUGGCAGAUGAGCAAUGCCAUCCUGGAUGCUAGGUCUUCCGUUACGAUUUCUUUGGCAGAGCUCAUCGCAACAACUGUUCGUGCCAGCGAGUCGGAUAACGCAGCUGCAACCCGGGAUGAGACCUAUCGCCGCCGAGCGGAGGCUCUCAAUUACUUGGUAUCCUUGGACGCAGAAGGCUCUCCCCUGGGCUUUAAUCGCCGCUUCGGCUACUUGGCCGUGUUAGUAAAGCUCUACAAAGACAGUAACGAUGAGGAAGCAGCGUAUGGCGUUUCACGGCAAUUCUAUCAGUUCUCGGUUCACAGAUACGGUGCUCACUCGCUUGAGAGUGGCAAGGCGGCUGAUUUCCUGACCCACCACUUCGAAAUCUCCAGCGACGAUGACAUGGCCCUCACCCUUGCUCGCACCAAGUACGAAAACAUGGUCCGGACCUUGCCCGCCACAGAUGAUCGCCGCAUCGCCUACACCUUGUACAUUGCGCGCCUCUACGAACAGCAAAACCAGCCUGAACAGGCAGAAGGAGUGCUUGCUAGCUUGUGGGCAGGUCUGUUGUCGCACGAUGUGACAUCGGCGUCAACCUGGGAUAAGAGGACCAAGGUGGCAUUGGUCUACUACCAGUUCCUGCGCCGGCAUGGACGCCCUGACGAGGCUGAGGUUGUCAUGCGUGAUCUUUCUGCAGACAUCCAGACGGAUGGUAUUCACUCCCCCGAUAUGUUGGAGCGAGCCGAAACACUCCGCAACGAAGCCCGUGAGAUGCAGCUGACAGACAUGGAGCGCAUGCUGUCUGUCCUUAUUUGGAACUACUACAAGCGAGCCAGUCUCGAAUACACACCCCAGGCCGUCGCAUUGGCAGAUCAAUUGGUGACGGGAACGACCAAAGCCAACUACGAAAGUCUCGCCGCGCUUUCCACUAAGGACCGUCUCCUGUUGCACCAGCUUCUUGACUCCAUCGCAUCUGGAGAGCAUCUCUCGGUGUCGACUCUGGUCCUGUGCCACAAUCUUGCCGCUGCCCACAUCCGUGACGAGGAGUGGCUCGAGGGCAGCGACUGCGUGGGUGCCGUCCUCAAACACGCCUGGCCCACGAUUGAUAACGCGGAUUCUGACUCGAAGUUCCCCUCCGACCGAGCGCCGCACAUGGCCAACCUGGCUUUGGAUAUGGCCUACUGUCUAUUCCGUCGCAUGAACGUCCCCAAGGCUUCCGUUAUCUAUGGAAAUGCUUUCAAGGCAUCCAUCACCGCUGAUAAGGUAUCUGUUCCUUCCGUCAGCGCCGUUGUCAAGACGGUCGUUGAGUUCUAUGAAAACACCUUCCAGUAUGCGAUGGCAUUGGUUGUCCUGCGCCAAGUCAGCCAGUUCUUCCUGUCACGUCUUGGCGUGUCCGACAAGCACACCAUGGAUAGCUUGUACCAUCAGGGAGACCUCGCAACGCGACUUGAACAUCACGAGGACGCAGAGAACAGCUAUGGUACGAUCUAUGAUGCCAGUCUCCGUGAUGGCAAGAUCAGCUCCACCGGUAUCCGGGCUGCGGUUGCGCUCAUUGCUCUUUAUGAAUUGAACAAACAAUGGGACUCGGCAUUGGGAGUCUAUCGCCAUCUGUGGCCUACACUCAUCGACUUUGAUGAGAAGGAUGGGUACGAUCGCGCUCUAUUGGAGGGCCUUUUGGAGAAAACGUACAGCGGAUACAUGGCGCUUCUCGGAACAACAGGCAAAGCAGAAAAGUAUUCGGAGCGGUACCGUGUUGCAUCUGAACAUCUGCGGCUUUGCAAGAAGAUCCAUGGCCCUUCGCACGACAUGACACUCAGGGCCACACUUGGACUCGCUGGUGUCUGCGAAGACGGCGAUCAACAUCUGGACGAGGCUAUUUCGCAUUACCAGCAGGUCUUGCGAGUCAACGAAUGGGUGCCAUCGUCUCAAGCUUCCCGUGCUUUGCCUGACAUGUCACUGACAUUGCCUAUCACGACCAAGCACAAACUCGCUCAACUUUAUUUGCGACAGCAGUCCAAAUCUCCCGAAGCCGGAUCUUUGUACGCAGAGGAAAUGGCACUGGCGAAGCAACGACAUGGUCAUUCGUCCACUUCCGCUCUAUCGUGGCUGCGUCAAAUCGCUUUGUUCUAUGCUUUACAGGACUCAACGGACUCCUGGAACCGGGGUGCAAAUGCCUUGCGCUCCCACGCCAACAAGACUAUCGAAGUCACCGAUCACCAGGAGACGCUGGUGGACCGGGCUCGCCGGCUGGCGCAGAUCUACUUGGAGUCUGGCUACAUUGACGCGGGUAACAAUUUGAUUGACGCACUGCGCCAGCAAGUGGUAUACGAACGGCCCGAGUCGCAAAAAUCGCUGAACACAUACCAGCCAGCUGUAUUCGUUGCUGCCUUUGAAGAAUACUUCAGGAACCGCCAGUCGUUCAGUCAGAUCCUUGAUGAGCUUAGCGAGGAGAGCUCCGUCUUCGGAUCCUUCGACCAGAGCUUGUCAAGCCACGAUCUCGUCCCAACGUUGGCCUCUGGUGAGCAGCUCCAUCGGGCGCAGACCGAGCAGAAGCGAACAACUGCCGCCAGACAGACUCAGUCGAAGCUGUACAUUUAUUUCUGCAACACCCUGUCGAUUUCGCAUCUCCAGCAAAAGGACGUCAUCCGCCAAUUUUACAACAUCUGCCGCCGGGAAGUCUUAUACGAAGACUACAAUACAAACAUUAUCGCGGCUACUGUUCACGAAGUCAAGAGCCUCUGCGAUAGCUUGCGCUUCCAGGAAGCCGCGGACUUGGCUGGCGCCUUCCAUUCCUUCGUUCACUUGACUGAUGGCCUCCGAACCUACGAGAGCAUCCUCGCUUCUAUCAAGAUUUGUCUGUACCUGAGCGGCUACCACACCGCCAAGUGCACCGACGAGAAGGUUGCGAGGAACAUGACGAUCGAGUCCAAGCUGCUCCUGCAGGAGAUCAUGACCAACGCAAAGGACAUCAACGUCCAGUUCUCGGAAUUGCCAUUCGCUCAACUGAAUGACUUGGUUACUAUCUUGGGAGAGCACGAACUGUUUGAGGAUCUCGAGGUUAUUUUGACUGAUCUCUGGACCUCCCGUAUUGUCCAGCGAACAUGGACCCUUAAUGUCGUUGUCUGGAUCGGGCGUCGUCUGGUGGAAACCCGUUACUGCCGGGACAACGUUGACGGUGCUAUUAAGCUGGGUCGCGACAUCUGCUACAACCUGCGUCAGGUCUGGGGUAACUGUGACCCCGUUACCUUCGACAUGACUACAUUGCUAUCUGGAAUGUACACGGCGUCCGGUGACUAUCGCUCCGCAGUCGCGCUCCACGAUACCGCCCUGAACGAACUGCUCAACGACCGUGAUGCGGUGUAUGACCAGCGCGCCGCUGAAAUUACUUCGCAGCACUUGCAGCUGCUCAGACGCGCUCAGGCUCGCCUCCAGAAGGGAUCGUCGACUCAAGCUGGCGAGACCCAGGCGUAUUCCGAAUUGGCGAAGCAGUUGUCGCUCAAAUUCAACAUCUCAGCACCCGCGUCGCAGGAUGUGUCUGUGACGGACGAUGAUGUUGGUGUGUGGCAUCGUCCUCGUCGAUUCAGCCUUGAUGUCCAGGAGGAAUUGGAGCACCAAAACCAUCUCCGGAACUCCAGUGGUGCAACGAUGCUGAACGGAAAUGCCGGGGCCAAGCGGAUUUCGGUCGCUGCCCUGUAA